UACUAGUUACUAUUCGCCUAUGUAAGAUGUCAAUAUAUUGUGUGUUCUGUAACUCGUCAGGAUCGCAACUACCGUCAACGGCCUUACAGUCUUACUGCUCUUAGCCCUCAUUCGUUUUUUGGAUUCAAUCUUGUCAUAAAAGUUGUACUUGUACCUCAAAUGUCGUUGCUAGCGACUAGCAGCCAUUUCGAAAAUUUGUCGUGAGGUGGAACGCGUCUUGUAGUGAAUACCUAAUGACUAUGUUGUAGACUUGCUGAGCUGGAUUGCUAGCAACAACGCGAGUGAUUACCGGUGCUGAGUUCAGACUGGACACCAGCCAUGGAGUCCGGACCGACAUCCGUCAGCUCCGGCGCUUGGGCUGUGAGCGGUGACGGAACUCUGAGUAUUCAUGUGCAGGCGAUGAGUGGCGAUGACCCCUGCUCGACAAUAGCGUGCGGACGCGGAACAGGCACGAUACGGGACUGCACGACGGUACGGCACAGCCUGUCGCUGGGUGCUGAUCUAACCAGCUUCGAAGUGCAAGUACUGGAGUGUAGCGUGGACGAGCUCAACUCGUUAGCUAUCGGUGCGGUACGGCGGACAUCUCGCCUGACCAACUGUAUGCCUGGUUGGGAGAAAGGUGACGUGGGCGUGCACUGUGAUGACGGACGUCUGUACCAAGGCUCAGCCAACGUCGAUGAAGCAUUGUCCUUCUUCUCUGGUGGCCUGGAGAAGGGAGACCGAUUCGCUUGUAGCAUUGAGUACCUGGAGUCUGACAAGAAAACGACCGAGAGUUCGGUUGGCCUGACAUUCACAAAGAACGACCUGCCGAUUGGCUGGACGGUUUCGAAAGAGAUGCCGCCGGGUGGGUUCUUCCCUGCUGUGGGGUUUCUAGGCCGUGGUACGAAAGUCGGUGUCACUGUGAACCGCACGCUGCUGCGACCGACAGAAAGUGGCGAUCUUGAUGCCCGUACCACAAGCAGUGACGAGCCGGUUAUGCUCAAGCCUCCGCCAUCACCACGACUUGGGGCUGCUGCUGUUGAGUUGAAGGAUUCGCAGCCGGUUGACUGGGGCAGAGUCAACGAUCACUUGUCGUCGGAGAGCGACGGUAGCUUGCGCUACACGGGCAAAGGCCUGGUGGGCAGUGACAUUGGACAUGCGCGCGCCUACAAGCCCCUGCUGGCGACGCGCUCCUACUUUGAAGUUCACGUUCUGGAGAGUGGCGAGCGGAGCCGAAUCGCCGCGGGACUAUCAUCGUCGUCGACUACGGACGAUACCACUCUGCCAGGCUGGCACGACAAGUCGAUAGCAUACCACGGCGACGACGGCUAUGUCUUUUUCGGGUCGGCCGACGACGCUAUUCCGGCUAGCCAGAAGCUAAAGUCGGGCGAUCGUGUUGGCUGUGGAUUGCUGUUCCCCGUCGUAGAGGCAGGCAGGACAAUGGCGGGCACUGUGCGCAUUGCUAGAGUCUUCUUCACGCUGAACGAAAGCGUCAUUGUGGCGCCGCAGGAGGUUCCGAUCCCUGCCGGUGGCUUCUAUCCCGUGAUUGCCAUGCUGUCUCCUGGUGCGCGCGUUACUGCUGCUUACCGUGCCUUCUUCAAGGAUGCACUUGACGCGACUGCGGAGACACCUGUCGCGGCACUGAAUAUCAGCGUGGACAACUUCAACCUCUUGCCCGUAGGUGCACAUGACAAGAAGGUGGCUGACAAGGACAUUGGCCUAGUGCUCUCUAAUGAUGAUCCGCAGCCCCAGACGAGCACACCUCACGCUGCCGAACCGCCUCGCCCCGCCAUUCCGAGGGCAGAGUGGACAUGCAGCGAGCGGGUGAGAAUCACCGAUCGGUCAGACGGUGCUGUCCAGGCCAGCGAACUGGAGAUGACUGGCCACGAUCAGAAGGCGUGCGUGGCUGGGUACACGCACUGUGACACGCCGCUUAGCGAUGCCUGCCGCGUGUUUGAAGUGGAGCUGCAAUCGCUGGCCGCUGAUGGCCAAGUUGCAGUGGGUAUCUCACCUUUGCCCAGCUGGAAAGAGUCCAUAAUAUUGCCGCCUGAGACUGUCAUGCUCCACUGCCGUACUGGUGAAGUACAGUGGAGUGGGCACUCGCAGAUAUUUAGUCCUGGACUGAACAUUGGAGACCGGAUCUCCUGUGCCCUGCACGGCAGUGGCAAGGAUGGCCAGCAAGAGCUGGUCUUUGCACGCAACGGUGUGGCCGUGGGUAGCAUUGUGGCCGACUUGCCAUCGGCAAACUGCUUCCCGUUUGUUGCACUAUGGCGUAACGGUGACCGCGUGACCGCCUCGAUAGACCCGAGCCGUGCCGUACCCGAAUGGCCACCCAUCAACAAGACAAUGCUGCAGUCGCCGUUGAAGGGUAUUCGCCAUAACGUGGCCGUCAAGGGACACUAUGUGUUCUCCGAGGCAGCCGAUUCAGACACCAGCAUCUACAGAUGGGAGCAGCCGCUCACCGCACAGUUUCCCUACGUCGAAGUGCAAGUGAUUUGCAGCCGCUUGCCGUCGGUGGUUGCACUCGGAAUUUGCAACGGCACCAGUACGGGUGUGCCGGGAAAGAUUCAAGGCUCGGUGGGCUUCUGUAACGGACACGUUGCCAUGUGGCCUGAGAAAGCGCGAUCGGCGACCGCCAGGAAGGUCUGCUCCAAAUCAUCAAAGUACUCGUUGGUGCGCCACAUGGAUACUGUAGGCAUGGGUAUCAGCUCCCAGGGCAUGGUAUUUCAAGGCAAGCCCAUCGUGUUCUUCACGCACAACGGCUACAUGGUGGACUCGCUAGAAUGGAGCACUUCUCUGCCUCUCGUCCCGUGUGUCAGCCUGGCAAUGAACGGCUGUGUGUGUGUCAACCCCGCUGCAAAGUGGCCGCCGAGUGGGCCGGCCACUGCACCGUGGCAGCACAUCAGCAAGCUGCGCUGCAACCAGAAUCUGCUGUGCUACACGCACCGAGGCGAGGGUGACGCAGACGUGGGGGUUGCCAUGGCAGCCCAGCCGUUCACGCGGACCAACGCCUACUGCGAGCUGGAGAUAGUCGACCCCGGCCGUGGUUGCUAUGUUGGUAUCGGAGCGGCGUGCUCGUCGGGUGGCCCGUACCACGGUAUGGUCGGAUGGCAAGAGGGCACCGUAGGGUAUCAUGCUGACGAUGGAAGUGUGUUCGAGCGCAAUGGCCAAGGUCGGGCGUUUGGACCACUGUGCCAGCAAGGUGACUUCAUGGGAUGCGGUAUGGAGUUCGAGCCAAUGUCCAACGAUGGAGUCGCACGACCAAAGUGCCUGUUCUUCACACGCAAUCAUCAAGUCAUUGGCUACACCAACUGCCCGUCAGUUCAGUCCCGCAACGUUCCCGGCGUUUCAUCGCGCAUCAAGUUUCACGCCAUGAUAUCACUGCACAGCGAGGGCGCCAUUGUCCGACCUCACCUUGGUGUCGACUGGCCUCUGCAGCGGAAUUCCCUGGGGCCUGGUAUGGCCCGUGGCUCGCUGCUCCGCUAUGUGCAGCCGCCUGGCAAGUAUGUAUACACCGGUGUACGCUCAGAGAGCUACGACACCGGGACGGUACAAGCCGCGGAGCCGCUGUCGAAGGAUGCACCCUACUUCGAGGUGCUCAUCGCAUCAACGGGUGGCAAUGGUGCCAUUGGUAUCGGUCUGGUGAGUGACAACUACCCUUUGGGCUAUCAACCUGGCUGGGCACAGGAGUCGAUUGCCCUGCACGUUGACGACGGGAAGCUUUUUGUCAGUGGACAAAGCAAGCCAUGCUGCUCACCCUCCGUGCAGGGAGAUGUCAUCGGGUGCGGCAUCAUCUUCCCGAAGACAACCCCGUUCAAGGCCGAGCGCUCAAGGAAGUCAGACAGCAAGAAGACGGUAGCAAGUGGAAGCCGCUCGACCGCUACGGUGUUCUUCACGCGCAACGGCAAGAACGUCAUGAGUGAGGAAAUCAAGCUACCACAGUACGGCUUCUUCCCCGCCGUGGGCUUGCAUACAUCUGGUGCUGAAGUGGAGGUCAGCCUGAAAGCAGCUUACCCUCCCCUGUGCAAGUUGGGAGAACAAUGGCAGCAGUCUGUUCGUUUGCAGUCCAGUAACAAUGGAGAGACAAUCUGGUACACUGGCAAGAGGACAUCGCAGCGCGACAGCGGCAUUGCGGUUGCACGAAAUCCGCUCGAGCAGGAACGCGCUCACUUUGCCGUCACUCUACUGGCGCAGGGCCAGACCGGUGGCAGCGUGACUGUCGGACUGGUCAACGAGAACUUCUCCGAGGACAUGCUGAGACCGGGCGAGGCUGAGAGCUCUGUCGGCUUCCAUGCAUCCAGCGGCGGUGUGUUCAUCACCGGCCAGCCGUCCAGGCUCUGCGCCAAGCCGUGCAGCGUCAACGACGUGAUCGGCUGCGGCAUCGACCUCAGCCUGUCGGUGACGCCCGGACGCCUGCAGCUCAGUGGCAAGGCCAACUCGCACAUCUACUUCACCGUCAACGGCAAGGUGGUCUCGCGCGUGCGCGUGCCGUGUGCUCCGCACCUUCUCUACCCGGCGGUGAGCCUGCACGGCGAGGGCGACAAGGUUCAGGUCGAGCUGGACAAUCCACCGCAGCUAGCCCGUGCAAAGCACCGCUCCAUUGGCUGGGCUCGCUCCCAUGAAGUCCAGCUGCACGGCAGCAUGGUGCGGCACCUGUCGUCCACGGCGACGGCCAUGAGCUUGCACCGCAAGUCAGACUCGCUGGGCAUUGCGCAGGCCGUGCUGUUCGACGCCAACAGCCAAGAGCAGUACUUCGAGGCGAUCCUGAUGUCGUCCGGAAAGCUCUGCAACGUGUGCCUGGGCUUUGCUCCGCUGGACAUGCCUGUCACUCAGGCACCGGGCACCUCACCGGGUAGUGUUAUGUUCAGUUUGGCAAAGGCCGCCGUCUUCAAUGGCCAUGACCAGGCCAAGAUCUGCGCCAAAGCAGAGUUCAGCUCGGGCGAUUCGUUCGGCUGCUACAUGGUGUGGCCGGACAGCGACGUGGCCAGCGUGUCUCAUCUUCCGCGCGGCACAGCUCAAGCGGUGUUCCUGCACAACCAUGAAGAGAUCGCUCGCUGCAUUGCCAAGAUCCCGGAUGGCCUGGACCCCUGUGAUCUCCUGCCCACGGUCACCCUGUGUGGCAAGGACGAGGAAGUCUUCUUCAACGCAAUGGAAGCACAGGUGCCUGCUGCUGUCAGGGCGUCCAACUGGCUUCAGUUUGCCAACAUUAGAAUGAAUGAUGAAGGCCAGUGCUCGGCCAAGCCGCAUCUAUCGCAGCCCGGACUGCUGCAGCUGAGUCAGCCCCUCACCGCAGAUACGUCUGGCUUCGAGGUCAGGUGUCAUGUUGAAACAUCUGGCGUGUACGUUGGUAUUGCGCCAGCUCUGUUCCCCUUCUCAGAGCAGAUGGGCCGUGUGCAAGGAAGUAUUGGAGUGGAAAUGGAGGGUGGAAUGAUCAUCUGUGAAGGCCAUCACGUUGCCGAUUGUCCACCGUUCGCUGAAGGAGAUGCACUGGGCCUGGCUGUGGAUUUCUUGGAGAACAGCAUUCUCGGCGGUAUACCGUAUCAUGCCGUGGCCAUCACGCGCAAUGGCUCGGUCGUCGGCAGAACAACUAUUGGUGUGAAGAAGGGCCACCACAUCCACCCAGCGUUGGUGAUCACUGGUGAUAAGGCCAGCGUCAAGAUGCACACAGCCCUGAGCAAGGUGCCACGGCCAGUCUUCAAUUCCAUCGGCUGGAUGCAGAUGAAGCGUGUGGUGGUGUCCAGCUACGGCCACUGUCUGCGCUACAGCGGCAGCGGUGAAGGCCCGCAUGACAGCGGUGUCGCCAUUUCCUCCACUGCCCUCUCACCAAUGAACAACUACUUUGAGGUUGCAAUAUGCACGAGUGGACGUGACGGCUCCAUCGGUAUCGGCUUAGUGCACCCCGAGUAUCGCUGUGAUCAUAUGCCUGGCUGGCUGCCUCUAUCGGUUGCGUACCAUGCCGAUGACGGCGGUAUCUUCCUGGGACUUGGCAAGACCGACAAGUUUGCAUCACAGUGUCAUCGCCUGGACGUGAUGGGAUGUGGCAUCAACUUCUCCGCCAAGCCAACGGAAGCCGGCAAGAUCGAAGUGUUCUUUACACGCAACCGCAAUGUCGUAGCAACCGAGUAUUUAGCCGUGCCGCCAACCGGUCUCUUUCCCGCCGUCGGCAUGCUGUCACCAGGAGAACGGGUGUUUGUCGACUUUGUUCCAUGGCAAGAGGAUGAGCAGGCACUGAGUUCAGCGGUGGUGAAUGACACCACUUUUCACAACGACACCACAAGCUAGCUAGCUGCCAACCGUGCUGCUUAGCCGGGAAGACGACGGGGCCAAGUCGGCCAGUGGACAUGCUCGGCAGCUAGAUGAAAAAGUGCCGGCACGCAAUCGGUGUCAACAAGGCAUGCCAACAAUGUCCACCACUGAGCAACCGCGGCCACAAGCUGUAUGCACUCUGGGCUACCCGCGUCGGAGUCAUCCGCACAUGCUUUUCUAAACUAUGCCAGCCUAAGUUCCUCGGAGAGGAAGGCUAGACUAUUAUUGUGCACCUUUCUGCCGCAAACCUCCUCAUCUUUAUCCCGUUACCAAGACAUUCUCAGAGCUUUUCGUUUAUUUCGAAUUUUUAUGAUGCCACAGAUGCACACUUCCAAAUUAUUCCCUCGCCACAUGUACAUGUACUGUGACCAUCCCCACACUUGAGGCUGCUAGGAGGCUGCAUGGAUUUCUUGAAUAUGACAGAGCUGUGAACCUGGCAAGGUUACCCCUAUCCAUGAGAUAGACAUGAGAAUAAUAUUUACAAUAUGUAACGUUAUACUCGUGCAUGUCGAAUCCAUUUCAAAGUAGGUUAUACAGUCGUCCCUCUCUAAUCCGGCACUUGUUUAUCCGGAACCCUUGCCAACCGGCGCGCUUUCUGAUGACCCCCCCCCCCCCGCCCCCGAUUUUUUUCGUUCAAUUCCUACAUCUUAAUCCGGCACUUGAAUUCCGCC